AUGCCCCAGGAGAGAGAACGGCACCCCGAGCCAUCGUCCAAACCGGAAGACUCAGAUCUAGGUGUCACCUGGAGCAGCCUGAGUGCGGACGAUGAGUGCAGUGAUGAUGCCUUCACCAAUUCGAAGCCGGCCCGGAGGUCUGCGAGAAGUGGCGGAGCAAUGGCGUUGGUAGGACAACCACAGCUUCUCCUCUGCUGCCUCUUCCUGGUCAGCGCAUGGGCGCUUGCCGCCGUCGCUCAGGCGAAGACGGUGCACGAGAAGUGGGACAUCAGCGACCAGUUCGCAUACCCUGACUGCGUCCGCAAGCUCGCCGUCACCAUCAACGGCCACACCCCUGGCCCGACCAUCCGCGCCGUCCAGGGCGACACCGUCGUGGUCACCGUCAAGAACUCCCUCCUGACGGAGAACGUGGCGAUCCACUGGCACGGGAUCCGCCAGAUCGGCACGCCGUGGGCGGACGGCACGGAGGGCGUCACCCAGUGCCCCAUCCUCCCCGGCGACACCUUCGUCUACACGUUCGUCGUCGACCGCCCGGGAACCUACAUGUACCACGCGCACUACGGCAUGCAGCGCUCCGCGGGGCUCAACGGCAUGAUCAUCGUGUCCGUGCCUCCCGGCGCCGGGCCCGACGUCGCCGAGCCGUUUGCCUACGACGGCGAGCACGAGGUGCUCCUGAACGACUGGUGGCACAAGAGCACCUACGAGCAGGCCGCGGGGCUCGCCGCCGUGCCGAUCGUGUGGGUCGGCGAGCCGCAGUCGCUGCUCAUCAACGGCCGCGGCAGGUUCGUCAACUGCUCGGCGCUGGGACCGGCGUCCUGCAACGCGACGCACCCGGAGUGCUCGACGCCGGUGUUCGCCGUGGUGCCCGGCAGGACGUACCGGUUCAGGAUCGGCAGCAUGACCUCCCUCUCCGCCCUCAACUUCGAGAUCGAGGGCCAUCCAAUGACGGUGGUGGAGACGGACGGGCACUACGUGAAGCCAUUCGUGGUGAAGAACCUCAACAUCUACUCGGGCGAGACCUAUUCCGUGCUGAUCACGGCCGACCAGGACCCGAACCGGAACUACUGGCUGGCGUCCAACGUCGUGAGCCGCAAGCCCGGCACGCUCACCGGCACCGCCGUCCUCGCCUACUACGGCGGCCGCAGCAGCCCGCGUGAUGUGCCGCCGACGACGCCGCCCACCGGCCCGGUGUGGAACGACACCACGUACCGCAUCAACCAGAGCAUCGCCACGGUGGCGCACCCGGCGCACGUGUACGCCCCGCCGCCGAGCUCCGACCGCACCAUCCUCCUCCUCAACUCGCAGAACAGGAUCGACGGGCGGACCAAGUGGGCGAUCAACAACGUCUCCUUCACGCUGCCGCACACACCCUACCUGGUCGCCCUCAAGGACAGGCUCCAGGGCACCUUCGACCCGCGCCCGCCGCCGGAGACCUACAACCACACCGCGUACGACGUCUACGGCGUGCAGCCGAACCCGAACGCGACGACCAGCGACGGGCUGUACCGGCUCGCGUUCGGCUCCGUGGUGGACGUGGUGCUGCAGAACGCCAACAUGCUCGCGGCCAACAACAGCGAGACCCACCCGUGGCACCUCCACGGGCACGACUUCUGGGUGCUCGGCUAUGGCGUGGGGAGGUUCGACCCGGCGGUGCACCCGGCGACGUACAACCUAAGGGAUCCCAUCCUGAAGAACACGGUGGCGGUGCACCCCUACGGCUGGACGGCGCUACGGUGGAGAGCGGACAACCCCGGAGUGUGGGCGUUCCACUGCCACAUCGAGGCGCACUUCUUCAUGGGCAUGGGCAUCGUCUUCGAGGAGGGGAUUGAGCGCGUCGGGAAGCUGCCGCAGGAGAUCAUGGGAUGCGGCAGCAGCAACGGCGGCCAUCACUAA